CAUCAUCACCUCGGCAACAAUCUAGUAGCAACCAAUUUCAUUUUUCCUUUUUUCGUUUUGGGUAUAUAUACAUGAGAAUAUACAUUCGCGUUUUCCACAUGCUGGGAUCCAUGUACUAUUGAUUUGUACUGUUGACAGACAGAAGACUUUCUCUCUCUAUCUAUAGGUAGAUGUAGAUACGAGAGAGAGAGAGAGAGAGAGAGAGAGUACCCAGAAAGAGUCAAAGGGAAAAGGAGGAGACACCGAAUAUUCGCGUAUUUUAGGGAGAGAGAGAAGUAAAUUGCUAGCUCUUGGGUUGGGGAGUUCAAUUUGUAUUGAUUGAUUAAUGGUUUCUUUGGUCUCGUCCCAAGCAUUUACAAUUUGGAAAGAUGCAGCAGGAAUCGCCGGGAACAUCUUUGCUUUUGGACUGUUUGUGUCACCAAUACCCACUUUUAGGAGAGUUAUCAGGAACAAGUCAACAGAGCAGUUUUCGGGCUUGCCGUAUAUAUAUGCACUCUUGAAUUGCUUGAUAAGUGCUUGGUAUGGCUCACCUCUUAUGUCUGUGGAUAAUGUAUUGGUUACAACAGUCAAUUCAAGUGGUGCAGUUUUUCAGAUUAUCUAUAUAACCCUGUUCAUAACACAUGCUGAGAAACCACAAAAGGUGAGGAUGUUUGGGUUGCUGCUGGCAGUUUUAGGCAUAGUUGCACUUAUAAUCGCGGGGAGCUUGCAGAUAAGUGAUUUCGCGCUGCGACACAUUUUGAUUGGGUGUCUCAGUUGUGCUUCUCUUGUAUCAAUGUUUGCUUCCCCACUGUUUGUGAUUAAUUUGGUGAUUCGAACCAGGAGUGUUGAAUACAUGCCAUUUUAUCUUUCCCUUUCAACCUUCUUGAUGAGCACAGCUUUCUUCGUUUAUGGAAUGUUGAAUUACGACCCCUUUGUAUAUCUCCCUAAUGGAAUAGGGACCAUUUUGGGGAUUGUGCAAUUGGCUUUGUUCUUUUACUACAAAAAUACAGCCGGAGAAGACGCUAGAGAGCCCUUGAUAGUUUCAUACACAUAAAAAGGUGUGUCAGCUAUUUCAAGGUGCUUACGCAUUUUCUGUAAUCUUCUGCUUCUAAAUUUCUAUUCUUUUAUUGCUAUGCUGCAAAAUCUGCCAUUGCCAUUUUUUUUUGUUGAGAAUAACGGGGAACAAGUUUUUUACAGGAUCACAAUGGCUGAUUAAAACUGCCUUAUCGAUGUCAUAUUGAUUGGCUGAAUGCAAAACCAUUUCUAAAAAUCACUAUUUCUUCGGCCGUUUUUUGUGUCCAAUUUUCUCAUGGGUUGAAAUUACUUGCACCCUAUACCAUAAGCCUUAAUUCCUAUGAAGGAACACAUAGUUGGUACACAUGUAGGAGAGAGAGAGAGAGCCCUAUACCAUAAGCCUUAAUUCCUAUGAAGGAACACAUAGUUGGUACACAUGUAGGAGAGAGAGAGAGAGAGAGAGAGAGAGAGAGAGAGAGAGAGAGAGAGAGAGAGAGAGAGAGAGAGAGAGACUGUCUCUAAAGAUAAUGCCAUAUUAGAACCGACUUAUGCCCCGUUCACAAAGGACAGAAAAUGAUAACCCAAUGGAUACAUUCAGAAUCUAUUGGAUACAUUCAGAAUCUGUAAUAGUCCUUCUCUUCUUUUCUUUUCUCCUUUAGGUCGUAAACUUCUAUAAUAGUGCCAGUGCUUGGUUUUAUGCUAAAAGAUUAGGCUGCUAAGGACUUAGACCUAUCGUCACAUUUGAGGAGAGCUAUGUGAUGCAAAUAAUACCAAAGAGUGUCCUCGGUCCAAUUUCUUGGCAACCUUGAUUAAGGGAAACUUCUGCAAGAUAAUGGCCCGUGGUCAGCGAAGGAUACGUCACAUACGUGCUUUUUUCUUGAGGACCUCAUAGGUAUGAAUUGGGUUUUCCUUUCUGUUCUUUUAGGUUGUUAUUAGUAUGUGUUUUCUUUUUAGCGGCAUCCUUACCAUUGACGUUGACAACUUGACAGUUUGUUGGUAAACAUGCCUAGGUGAUUUGUAAUGAUUAUUAAUCAAGGUGGUUGAUUUAUCUAAUUUUGAGAAAGUUCUAAAUCGUGGUUAACCUGUCUUGUAAACAGUUUUCUGGAACGUAUACAGCUUUUGUAGAUUUUUCUGCUGAGAGUCUGAAAAUGUAAUUUUGCUGAGCCCCAUACAACGGAUGGACUUUAAUUGUAUUGACUUCUUCAUGCGUGGAUGAUGAGAAAUAUUAUGAUUACCUGUAUUGUUGAUUCAAUUUUCCAAAAGUUGAUUUUGUGAUUUUGUGAUCAAAACAAGUGACUAAGCAACACGAGCAUGUAUUUGUAACUGUCAACAUAUAUUUGAGCAUUUCGUAUAAGUUUUUAACUAA